UCCAUUAGAUCCAUGGAGAAUAUGCAACCCCAAAAUCAAACCGCUUUCUCCGAAUUCCUACUUUUGGGACUGACAGAUGAUCCAGAGCUUCAGCCCCUCAUCUUCAGUGUUUUCCUGUCCAUUUACCUGGUCACCAUCCUGGGAAACCUGCUCAUCAUCCUGGCUGUCAGUUCUGACUCCCAACUCCACACCCCCAUGUACUUUUUACUGUCCAGCCUGUCCUUCACUGACAUCUGCAUAAGCACUACCACCAUUCCAAAGAUGCUGGUUAACAUCCAAACACAGACUAAGAGUAUCUCUUACAAAGGCUGCUUCACACAGGUUAGUUUUUUCUUAAUUUUUGCAUACUUGGAAAAUUUUCUCCUUGCAGUGAUGGCCUAUGACCGCUAUGUGGCCAUUUGUCAUCCACUGAGAUACACAGUCAUUAUGAGUCCCCGCCUCUGUGUCCUGCUAGUUUUUAUCUCUUUGUUGGUUAGCACUGGGGAUGCCCAGAUCCACAGUCUGAUGGCACUGCGGCUGUCCUUUUGCACAGAACAGGAAAUUCCUCACUUCUUCUGCGAACUUGCUCAGGUCAUCAAGAUUGCCUGUUCUGAUACUGUCAUUGAUAACAUCCUUAUCUAUGUUUCAUUCUGCAUAGUUGGUGCUAUUUGUCUUGGUGGAAUCAUUUUCUCUUAUAUCCACAUCAUGUCCUCUGUUUUAGGAAUGCCAUCACAGGGAGUAAAAUAUAAAGCCUUUUCUACCUGUGGGUCUCACCUGUCUGUUGUGUCCUUGUUCUAUGGGACAGGAUGUGCGGUGUACUUCAGUGCUGCAAUUAGUGAUUCAAUCAGGAAGACUGCAGUGGCUUCAGUGAUGUAUUCUGUAGUUCCUCAAAUGCUGAACCCCUUUAUCUACAGCCUGAGGAACAGAGAAAUGAAGGAAGCACUGAGAAAACUCAUUGGCAGAAUACUCUCUUUUCUGUGUUGUUUCAUUGGCUUUGGACCUACAGGACGAAAGGAAUUCAAAGUGACUGAAUACUUCAUGAAAGAAAAUUCCUGGCUCUGCCACUGCCACAGUCCAAAAUUAUGA